AUGCUCCUGUUUCUUUGUAGUUUUGCCAUUUUUGCGAAUGCUGAAAAUUUGGUGACUGUGACGACGGAUUUAGGAGAUAUUCAGGGUUUCCAUGUGGACUACGGCACCGAUUCAAGCCAACUUUACUACGGGAAUGCGGACAUUUUCUUGGGAAUUCCCUAUGUUGAGCCACCAUUGGGCGAUUUGCGAUUCGCCAAGCCAAAACCGAUCACGAAAUUCCCACAGCCUAUGAUUAAUGCAACUUCGUGGAAGCCAGCUUGUCCUCAGGCGGAACCCUGUGGAACGAUGAAAGCCCCAUACGAUGAGGAUUGCUUAUAUCUGAAUGUUUUUGCUCCAAAUGGCUCUAGAACUCCAGCCAACAAAGCUGUGAUGGUUUUCAUCCAUGGCGGAUCAUUUGAUAGUGGAUGUGCUCAAGAAUAUCCGUAUAAAGCUGGAGUGCGCACGUUUGUCUCCCAAGAUGUCAUCGUGGUCACUAUUCAGUAUCGACUCGGAUUCUGGGGCUUCUUCACCACUCUCACCGAUGAUUACCCAGCAAAUCGUGGUCUUCUUGAUCAAAUCGAAGCGUUGAAAUGGGUGCAAAAUAACAUUGCUAAAUUCGGGGGUGAUCCGAAAAAAGUGACGAUUUUCGGGGAAUCCGCUGGCUCGGCCUCGGUCUCGGCUCACUCGUUUUCGCCUUUAUCUCGAGGUCUCUUUGCCCAAACAAUCCAGGAGUCUGGCGCGGCGCUCACUUGCCUCAAAACGAUCGCGCAAAGUGUUGAACAGGCGGGAAAACUCUGCGGGCUAACCCCGGCGCAAUUCAACGGAAAUGAUUUCUCGAGUCUCGCACCGUGUCUCAAAAAUAGAACCACGGCUGAUAUUUUGAAAUAUGAUGAGGCUUGGAACAUGGUUUUCGACAACAAUUUCCUCAACGACACCCUCGAGAAUUUGGGGAAAAAGAGGCCGAAUUUGCCGGCAAUUCUGGGAAAUAUGAGGGACGAGUACACAUAUUUCAUAUUGCAUCGUUUCUAUGCGGAUUUGACGUUGGCGAAUCUGACUCGGUCAUUCGUCGAGUGGACAUUCCGCAGUGAACACCAGUAUAUGGGAGAUAAAAUGGAGGAGAUUUUAGCGAUACUGGAACAG